AAGCCGAAAUCGGCCUUCUCAACUAGUCAUAAUUGUUACUUGGAAGUAGGAGACCGCUUGUCUAUUCAUUUUCUGCAGCUGUCGGUGUUGACUUUGUCAUAUUUUUAAAGAUGACUACCCAGUUCCCAUCCCUCUCUCCGGUGCAGAAGAAGGAGCUCUCUGACAUAGCCCAGAGGAUCGUGGCUCCAGGGAAGGGCAUUCUGGCAGCAGAUGAGUCCACAGGCACCAUGAGUAACCGCCUGCAGAAGAUAAACGUGGAGAACACUGAGGAGAACCGUCGGACUUUCCGCGACCUCCUGUUCUCUGCAGUUGACCCCAACUGCAUUGGUGGAAUCAUCUUUUUUCACGAGACACUGUAUCAGAAGUCUGACAAGGGUGUCCUCUUCCCCCAGGUCAUCAAGGACAAGGGUAUUGUGGUCGGCAUCAAGGUGGACAAUGGCACAGCUGGUCUGAAUGGAACAGAUGGAGAGAUGACCACACAGGGUCUUGAUGGACUCUCGGGCCGUUGUGCUCAGUACAAGAAGGACGGUUGUGACUUCGCCAAGUGGAGGUGUGUGCUCAAGAUUUCAGACGCCUGCCCCUCAGCCCUCGCCAUCGCAGAGAACGCUAACGUACUUGCCAGAUACGCCAGUAUCUGCCAACAGAAUGGCCUGGUGCCCAUUGUGGAGCCAGAGAUUCUGCCUGACGGUGACCAUGACCUGCUGCGCACUCAGUACGUCACUGAGAAGGUCCUGGCUGCCACGUACAAGGCCCUGAAUGAUCACCAUGUCUACUUGGAGGGCACCCUGCUGAAGCCUAACAUGGUCACCGCCGGACACUCCUGCCCCAAGAAGUUCACCCCCCAGGAGGUCGGCAUGGCCACCGUCACUGCCCUGAGGCGCACUGUCCCUGCCGCCGUGCCUGGCAUCACCUUCCUGUCUGGAGGCCAGAGCGAGGAAGAGGCCACUCAGAACCUAAACGCCAUGAACCAGACGGCCCUGCACCGGCCCUGGAAGCUCUCCUUCUCCUACGGCCGCGCACUCCAGGCCUCCGCCCUCGCCGCCUGGAAAGGCAAGGCCGCCAACAAGAAAGCGGCACAGGAUGCCUUCACCUCCAGAGCCAAGAGCAAUGGCCUUGCCUCCAAGGGAGAGUACACAGCGGUGAGCAGCGCUGACCAGGCCUCCAUGCAGUCCCUGCACACGGCUAACUACGUCUACUAACUAGACAACACACGUCAGACAAGGACCACAGAAUGCAGAAAAUGUCACCUGUACACGUCCCGUCCCUUCUCAUUCCUGCAAUGACAACAAUCCUCUAUGACCAAUCCAGUUGUACGAGUUAUUAUUUUACUACUAAACAGAUUGAGUAAAUUAAAUAAAUGUAUAAACUUGGGCCUCCAGAGUGGCGCAGCGGUGCUUGAGGUGUCACUACAGACCCUGGUUUGAUUCUAGGCUGUAUCACAAUCGGCUGUGAUUGGGAGUCCCAUAGGGCGGCGCACAAUUGGUCCAGCAUCGUUCAGGUUUGGGUUUGGCUGGGGUAGGCUGUCAUUGUUAAUAAGAAUUUGUUCUUAACUGACUUGCUUAUUUAAAUAAAGUUUUUUUAAAAACUAA